AUGGCCGGAUCCAAGUUCUCUGAUCCACCAGCCGAAUCUCCGAACGACUUUCUUGUCUCCUACGAAUACUUGGACAAUGAAGCGAUCCAACAGCCAAGAAUUGUGGCACUGCUGGCCAUCACUGCUUCAAUGUUAGUCUUUCUUGGGGUCUUCGGGUUGUUCAGGCGACGCUGUGGCAACCGCACAUUAGCAUCGGUUGCAUUCUGCGCCUAUAACCUUUCACCUGCUAUCAUCGCAUACACGCUUGGCCUCAUCCAGAGCGCUCCUUACAAAAGUUUGAAUUUCCCUGUGUGGGCGGCUUAUCUGGUGGUGGUUCUCGGAAGCGGCGAUUCCUACACCGUACACAGCAUCGAGGACAUUGAACAGUGGAAGUCAUUUAAUCUCUACUCCGCUGCUAAAUGUUUCAUGACAAGUUGGAUGAUCGCUUCAUACACGACCCACCCAGUGUCAAAAUUGUGGGCAGUGUUUCUUUUUGUCAUUCUAUUUGCGAAAGUUGACGGAAGAGCACGAGCUUUGAUGUUGGCAAGCAAUUCUGUGAUGGAGAAGAAAUACAAGUUACUAGCAGACUACAUGAGCACCGAGCACCAACACGGCGAUUCAAGCCAUGAAGAUCCCGCUACAAUGCGUGGAUACAAGUAUUUGGUGAGAUUGGGGGAAGAGGAAAAGGUGCAGUCAUUAUGCUCAUCCGCGAUAUGUAAGCGAAAGAAAUCACCAUGGCUCGAUGGGAAAGCGCCGGACUAUCUUCAAAUGAUAGUUGGGCUGGAUGGAGUUAUCACCGUGGAGAAGGUUUGGGAUUGCCAAGGGAGGCUUUUAAAAGAAGGAGACCCGAAUGGGCGACUCAAGGAUCUGUGCCUGUCAUUUUCGCUCUUCAAGUUCAUCUGCAUGAGAUUCGCUGGCUAUUCGUUGCCUCAGGAAGCUCACAACAAGUUACGGCGCUUGAUUCAACAUAUGCUCAAUAAAGGGAAUGAUCAUGAGCGAGUUUUCAAAGUCAUUGAAGUGGAACUUGCAUUUCUUUUCGAUUUACUCUACACCAAGUACCCGGUGAAUCUCAGCCUGUAUCGUUCAUUCUGCAGAUUGCUUCUACUCGCUAUUGUGGUUGCUGCUCCUCUGAUUGCAAACUUCUCUGCAUAUUACUCUUGGGGCUGGCAAAUUGAUUCAAUUGUUAGUUAUAAUGGUGUAACAUUCUUCCUUAUGAUGUCAAUCCUAGUCAACGAGUUUGUACAUAUUUGCAUCAUGAUUUUCUCCGAAUGGGCAAAGGUGAGGUACAUAUGCAAGUAUGUGCAGAAUGAUUGGUGGCUAAAGAAUAGAUGUUCUGGGAAGUUGAUCGAGAUAAUGUGCCAAGUUUGGUUACUGAAGCCUUGGGGAAGACAACUUCGUCAAUACUCGCUCCUCCAAGCAUAUAGCUAUUCUCCAUGGAAGUGUAUAAAUAAUAGAUUCACCACUGCUUAUUUCGACCAAGAAGGGGACGGUCAGCAACAAAUUCCUCCCACCAAUUUGUCUAAGCAAGUGAAGAUGGCGAUUGCUCGGUCUCUAUGGAAGUAUUUGGAGAAGGGGCAAGCGUCUUUGAGGCGCAAUGACUUGUCCAAUGAGUUCUCAUGGGCAUGUAAUCUUGAGACAACUAUUCAUGUUAUAAUGGUUUGGCACAUAGCAACCACUUUCUGUGAGCAUAAAGUGCCUUGCGCUCAACUUUUACAAGAACAGAUAGACAACUUUGACAUAGCGACUAAGCUAUCGCAAUAUCUUGCUUACUUGGUUGUUUACGCCCCGAGGUUGCUCCCUGGUCACCCCUGCAGGACCCAAUACAUAUUUGGUCGUGCUGUCAGCGAAGCCAGAGAAACAUUGAGAGGUUCCUUUGUUUCAAUGGAAAAGAGGAUUGAAAAGCUAGAAAUGGGCAUUGACAACGAACAAUGCCCGGAAACGAUCGUGGGUCGAGGCACGCAGCUAGGAAUGAAGCUUAUGAAUGGUAUGAAUGGAGUAGCGGAUAUGGGGCAAAUUUGGAAGGUCUUGGCUGACUUCUGGGCGGAUAUGAUUCUGUAUGUGGCUCCUUCGAAUAAUACGGCGGCUCAUGCGAAGUAUCUCACCACCGGGGGCGAGUUUGUGACUCACGUUUGGGUUUUGGUCUCUCACAUAGGCAUUACGAGAGAUCCACAGGAUCGUGAGUAA